AUGUGCGGCACAGAUUAUAUCGAAAAGCGUGGCCGAAUACAUCUUGCUAUUCGUGUGGAGAAUGGUAUCCUCAAAGUUAAAGUAAGUGAAGCACGAAAUUUGAUUCCAAUGGAUCCAAAUGGCCUCUCUGAUCCGUACUGCAAAUUGAAGUUAAUACCUGAUGAUCACUCUGCCAAAUCCAAGAAGAAAAGUCGGACAAUAAGGUCUACUUUGAAUCCGGUGUGGAACGAGAGCUUCGAAUAG